GCCAACACCAUCGCAAACAUCCCGACAACACAGCUCCCCUCCUCGUAACCAAUUCCCGCCCGAUCCCCUCCUCACUGUCGAAUUACACUUUAUCAACCUGACCAGAUAAAUCAUUCAUCAUGACGUCGAUAGGCACGGGUUACGAUUUGCUCAACUCCAUCUUCUCCCCUGAUGGACGAAACUUCCAGGUCGAAUACGCAGUCAAGGCAGUGGAAAGCGGCGGUACUUCGAUCGGUAUUCGAGCUAAGGACGGUGUCGUCCUAGCUAUCGAAAAGGUCGUCUCAUCCAAGCUCCUAAAACCCGGUGCCAACAAGCGCAUUGCUACAGUCGAUAGCCAUGUCGGUGCUGUAUCAUCCGGUAUGGUUCCCGAUGGACGUCACUUCGUCGACCGAGCCCGUGACGAGGCCCAGAGCUGGCGACAGAACUUCAAGACUCCUAUUCCCACAUCCGAUCUUGCCAGCCGCAUGGGUGGCUACCUCCAAGCCUACACCAUGUACGGAUCAGUUCGACCAUUCGGUAUCACCGCCAUCCUGGGCGGCUACGACACUCCCGAAGAGACCCCAGUCGAUGGCGAGGUGGGAUCAGGACCCAAGGUCGGAGCUGGCGGCAAGGUUGAGGGCAAGCACGGCGGGCCCUUCCUCUACAUGAUCGAGCCCAGCGGAAUGUACUGGGGUUACUACGGAGCGGCCACAGGCAAGGGUCGACAGGUCGCCAAGGCUGAGCUUGAGAAGCUCGACUUGGCCGCCGGCAACAUGUCUCUGGAGGAUGCCGUGAAGCAAGCGGCGCGCAUCAUCUACAUCGCGCAGAAGGAUAACAAGGAUAAGGACUUCGAGCUCGAGAUGACCUGGAUCAGUGGGCCCGAUGGUCCCACCAAGGGACGACACGUCGAGGUACCAAAGGAGCUGAGGGAAGAGGCUGAGCGAUUAGCAAAGGCCGAGGAUGAGGAUGACGACGACGACGACGACGAUGAUAACGAGGACGCAAAGGAUGACGACAAGAUGGAGGAUUAGAGAACGAUUGUGUCGAGAACAAAAUUAAGGCACUUGUACUAUCACGAUGACGAAUUCAUAGAAUUUAAUGGUUCAUCUGCAGGCUUCUGAACUACUCACAGGAUGCCUGGAUAUCCAAUGUGCUGCCUACGUGAGUGUUUUUAUUGGAAAGGGGGACUGCAGGUCCAACCGGUCCAGAAAUUUGCUGUGCUUUAUAACAAAGUUCAGUCGAUUAAUUGCAUCAGUAGCCUGAUGUCCUGAACGUCUAUCUAUCAUUCACCCCCGGUCCUAUCACAAAAUGCUGUAGUU